AUGAUUCAACUGUUGCUAUUGUUCAGUUCUCUUGUUCCAACACUACAGCAUGGGUAUUUACUCUGGCCUCCGAACAGAAGCUCUCUAUGGAGAUAUGGUUAUAAUACUACCAAAAAUUAUAAUGACAACGCCUUAUACUGUGGUGGAAGAAUGUUGCUUGAAGAAUCAAAUGGUAAAUGUGGUGUUUGUGGUGACCCCUACAUAGGUCCAAGGAAACACGAAGCAGGUGGUCUUUAUGCGUCCGGUAUUAUAGCAGCAAAAUAUCCUUUGGACACAAAGACAAUAACAGUUACUGUAUUGUUGACAGUAAAUCAUCAAGGAUACUUUGAGUUUCGGCUAUGUCCACACAAUGAACCAACUGUUCCGGUCACUCAAAGAUGUUUAGACAAGUUUCUUCUUCCAAUACAGGAAGGAUCAAUUAAACACCGAAAAAUGCGGUUUUAUCCCAAAGAGGAGUUGGGUCAUGCGUACAACCUCUCACUUGACAUUCCACGUGGAAUGAUAUGUACUCAGUGCGUUUUGCAAUGGCGAUAUCACACGGAAAAUAGUUGGGGUUUCGAUCCGAAUGGCACUAGCUGUAUAGGAUGUGGACUGCAAGAAGAGUUUUACAACUGUGCUGAUAUAAGCAUAGGUGAGGAUGAACAUGUUAGUAAGAACAAAUAUGAUAAUCCAUAUUCGAUAGAACGAACGCUAGAACAGAAUGGCACAUAG